UUUCGGGAUUUAUUGAUGCGACCAUGUCGUGUCAGCGCAUGUGCUUCCUUGCCCCAAAAGUUGCCAUCACGUCCGACUUUCAAAAGUCCUUUGACAGCAUUCUUUGUCGUCUACGGUCUGCGGUCUCGUCGUCGUCGUGAAGAAAUAGCUCGAAUUGAAGAAUGUCCUGAACAACGUCCGAUGCUCUUUACCGCUUCAUCGGUUUUCGUGGCUGGCAUUUGGCAUGCCUCGCGAACCGUUGACGAUCUCAAGCCGGCCUCGAUCCGCACGUUUAUCGGCCCAGCGCUGCUUGAGCCUACACCCAUUUGACAGCUCACUGUGAACCAUUAUUGACGCCUCCAGCAUUGACGAUAUGCCAGCCCGCUAUUGCCGGACUACCAGGUGAAGACGGCACUGGUGCUAACAUCGGACAAUCCCUCGGUUGUCUUCUCCCGCGAUAGCGUCGGCGUGAAUCUCGGUCACCUUGUGCAGUUCGAUACGAAAGUCGAUAUUGUGACUUCAAACUGCUUUCUGGUCCGCAUUUUAUGAGUGACUUAACAGCGAACUCAAAGGUCAGGUGCAUUCGAUUUAAAGAUUCAGAAACGACCUGGACAGACGAGUUGAUGGAAAGCUCGUGGGAAUCAUCGCGCCGAGGUACGGUCCCAUGUCGAGCGGUGCCUCCUUCUAAGGUGAUGAUCGAGUUGAAACGCUUGAGACAAGCAGCCUGUCGAGCGUCAAGCGUGCAAAACUCUACGUG